AUGAUCGAGCUUUCGAGAUUUCUGCGGGGGGGCCAGUAUCAGGCUCUGUCAGAUGAGCGACGCGCCCAUGUCAACCAGCUGAUUCAUGAUCAGCGGCAUCAAGACCCCUCUGUCGAGUGGAGCUGUGCGUACGCAAAAGAACACAGAAGGGUUGUCAAUGACCGUGAUACUGUUGACCGUGACCAUGGGACUGUUGCAAUGACAGUCAUACUCAUGCAAAGGCCUUUUAAUACCGGCAAUGCCUACCUGAGAACCCCGAUGGGUGAUUUGGUCGACCUUAAAAUGCCUGUAUACCUCAAUGGGCAGGGGCAUUAUGUGAGGGUUGCAGCAGCAGCAACGUCUGGUGCUUCAAUAGGCCACGAGCUUCCCCACGGCUUCGCCAUGGGCCGUAAGUAUCAAAACUCCAGCCUGCCGCAGAUACAGGAGCGAGCCAGCAUGACCUGCCUGCGAAAAGCGCUCUCCGGCCGUCAGCCAAGAAUGACGAAUCGAUGCGCUCUACCAGAAGGAAGCGCGAGGUCUCAUAUGGAGCAGGAUAAUGAAGAUGAGGACGACACUGAAGAGACCGAUAGUAAAGCAGACAAUGACCGUGGAUGCGCUGGAGCGCACAAUCAAUACAUUUGUGCCCACGUGGCUCCCGACAAUCCAGACUGCGAAUUCACCCGUGGAGGACAGUCAUUGCGAGGACAACGCUCCAAGCAUGAUCGUCGUUUGGUUAAAUCGCGGGUCGCUAUGGCCUUCAGGAGCCAAAUGCGAGUGCGGACCAAACGACCAGGGAUUCAAAAGCCGAAGUAUAAAUGGAUCAAAGCCCGUCAGAUUUCUAGCCAAACACAUUUUUGUCCGUUACAGAAGGUAUCGGAGGACGCGGCUCAUGAAGAACUAAGAAUAAUUGGAUGUCAACGUCGCAAUUCUUGUUGA